AUGAUGGACUUGUUGACCUACAACACUUACGGGGCACCGGCCUACAUAGUAGUGCCCUUUGGAGUGCUUGCCGUAAUCUGUUUAGUGCUUGCACUGCAUUUCAUCACGCACAUACAGGGUCUUAACGCGGGCCUUACCGGCAAGAAGAAAAAAACGAUACUGCUACUGGGCCCGCGUCACGCUGGCAAGACGAGCUUUUUUCAUCUUAUUCAUGAUGGUAUACACGUGGAUACAGUAAGCUCCAUGAAGGAGCGGACUGAUCGCUUUAUUGUCCACUCCAAGUACAACCUGGACAAACUAGAUACUGAGCUAACAGUUGUCGACUAUCCCGGCCACGAGCGCCUACGCUCACGCGUGGCAGACUUCUACCCCGUCACGAGCUGUAUUGUAUUUUUCGUGGAUGCUAGCGACGUAGCUUCAUUUCGAAAGGCUGCCGAGUUCUUGUACGAUAUAUUUGCAAACAAGAACGUGAACGAUCAAUCACCACCACUUAUGGUUGUGUGCAACAAGAGUGAAGCUGUCGGAGCUGUUGGUUCGCAAGUCGUACGUGAUGCUCUGGAAAAGGAAUUGACGAAGCUCAAGGCCACUCGCUCUUCUUUAGAAACAGAAGGAGAUGAUGACGAACAGGAUUUGACACAGGUUCCAGUCGGUCGUGAUGGAGCACCAUUUCAAUUUGAUGUGGAUGCACCAUGUGAAAUCUUGUUCGUAAAGUGCAGCGUCAAGGACGCCGAAAUUUCCGACGUUGUGCAUUUCAUCCAGCAGCAUUAA